UUUACGUUUUCCCGUCAUAUCUGUGCCACAAAUGAAGCAGCGAGUUCUAUAAAUACUUCUGUUUAUCAACUAGUUUGCAUAUACUUCUCUACAGCCUUUAUCAUUUACACCAAACCCUCAACAAAUUCCAUAAUAUAUUUCUCAAGUUCACUUAGAUUACUCAAGUCAAAAACUUAUUGACAAAUGGGGUUAAAGAUUUCCAACAGCAGUUUACGACAAGCAGUUCAGUUGAAGCAAAUUCUGAAGAGGUGCUCAGGUUUUGGAAAGAAAAGCUUUGUGGAACAUUGCACUAAUAAUGGUGAACAACUAGGGUUUCCCCUUGACGUUCCAAAAGGCCACUUUGUAGCGUACGUUGGGAGCAACAGAAGGAGGUACGUUGUUCCUAUUUCACUCUUGACUCGCCCGGUGUUCCAGACACUCCUUCAAGAAGCUGAAGAGGAGUUUGGCUUCGAUUACGGCAUGGGGAUCAUCAUACCUUGCCCAGAACAUGUUUUUCAGUCUCUAAUUAAGUAAUUAACUGAGUGCAUGGGUGAUCAUAUAUCACAACCGACAAUGUGGUAUUAAGUUGAUUUGGUAAGAUUUUAGAGUUCAGGCAUUAAUUAGUUCAGCAAGUCUUUUAUAAUUAUGCGGUGUAAUAUAUAUAAUAAUAUAUAUAUAUAUUAAAGGAAAGUUGAGAGUGAUAGAUAAAAGAUAUCA